AUGCGGCUUCCCUUCACAGUCGUACACUGUGACAGUUUCUCCACCGGCUCUCCUCCUUCAAACCUUCACGAUGCUACGCCGCACAGCACAGGAUGGGUUUCUGCUCCGUUUCCUUCCUUCCCGCAGGAGAUAGUCCUAGCCUUCAAUGGUGUCGUGGCUGUGAAUCGCAUCUCUAUCCUCUCCCAUGAGCAUUUCAUACCUUCCAAGAUCGAGCUCAUGGCAGGCAACGUGUCAUACAGGGAGGCUCCAUCGCAUACCAAGGCCAAGUAUGCGAGAGUUGGGUACCUGAAGUUCAGCAAGGUUGGUCCAGGCGUGCAAGGAGGACAAGUGCAGAGGCUGGAGGUGGAAGCUCGAUGCUGCUUCCUCAAGCUGUGCAUGUCUGCUCCUCUAGGGCAUCCAAAGAACCUGUGCAACCAGAUUGGGAUUGCAGAUAUUGCUGUUGAGGGAGAUAUUCAUGUUGGGGACAGCAGCAAACUGCUUCAGGCUGGGCAGCAAGGGCUGGGAUUCCAAAUGCUCUUGCAUGGCAAUGACGAUGAUGAGAUGAUAGCAGAGAUGUCGAUGGAGAUGAUGAUGAUGAUGAGAUUGAGUGAGCUUGAGAAGAAAGUUCGGGUGGCAGGGGAACAAAUUUUGAAGCUAGAGGCGGACAAGCGGUCAGCAGUUGAAAGAGAAGAUUAUCAGAUAGCAAAGACGGUCAAGUCAGAAAUUGACCAGCUCAAUGUUAUGAUGGAAGCGUGUAUGAAAGAUGCUUUGCGGAGACCGUCGAAGGCAAGCAACGGAGAAGAGAGACAAAAGUUACAAGACAGGCUCUCGACCCUCGAGAUAGAAAAGCAAAACGCGGUUGAGCGAGAGGAUUAUACAGCAGCCAAGGCUAUCAAGGGGGAGAUCGAGAAAUUGAAAGCAAGGUUGAUGAUGGUACGGUGA